GGGGACUCAUUUGAGCGUCGGGCGAGCUUCAUUGGAGUGGUGCACAUGCUAAUGUCACCGCCUGAGUUUUUCGGCAUCGCUUUAACAUCAUGGACCAAAGGGUUAGGAACCGUGGCCACGAGCGCAGAGUUGGGCGAGGAGAAGCGAGACAGCCAUCCGAUGGGGAAGCUGCUGCGCCGGCAGGGCAGCGAGGUCGGGGUAGAGGCAGUCAUCAUCGCGGCCGAGGGAGACGGGACCAUCAUCAUCGGGGCAGGGGGCACCCAGCUGCUUCCCGCGUACGGGAAGAAGAAGAAGAAGGUGAAAAUGGUGAGGAAUCUAAGGAAGAAGACGGUUACUCAGGUGUGUUUUCCAAGAGGAAGCUCAUUUCCAAUUGGGAUCGUUAUGAAGCGGAGGAAAAGGAAAAUCUUGGGGAAAGUGUCCCGUUACAGCGAGGUGCCGAUUUCAAUGUCCUGCUAAGUUCAGCAGGUGAUUCAUUUGCUCAGUUUCGCUUUGCUGAUGAGAAGGAAUGGGAUAUUGAUGUGUCAUCCAAUAUUAAGAUGUCGACUCUGUUUGUUGACUGUCAGUCACUUGCCAAAUGUCUUCAGCAGCUUCCUCUUCACGUCAGGUUAAAUGUGGAACCAGAACUGAUCCAGGAGUCUGUUCCAGUUGACAUCCCACAGAUGACCGUGAAGAGCACCAAAGAGCCUUUGAAUGCUGGGCUGUUCAGUGGCCCCCCAGAGCUGCCCAGGCCUGCUCCUUCCCUUUCACAACCCUCUGAUGUGUCUGCAGUUCCACCUCAGCCAGAAGUGGACGACCUUGACAAAGAUCUGGACAUUCUGCUUAAUUUAGAGUCCCCCCUCUCAGCCACUGUAGACAUUCUGCCCCCUGAGACGAUCACCCACGUCACACAGAGUGUUGACAAUUCUUCUGCAACCCAAACUGAAGAACUUAAGGAUUUGGAGCCCCCAUCGUCUCAUAUGGAGGAGAAGAAGAAACAAGAAUUGACUGAGGAUGACCUGGAGGAGUGGCUUGACAGCAUGAUCUCCUAACUGUCAUCAGCAGGUUUAAAGCAGAUCAGCCGUGUCCCAAGUGUGUGCACUUUGUAUUGGACUUGCUUGAAUGUACCAUCAUCCUCUGUUGUCUCCUGAUGUGCCUGUCACUCUAGUCAAUAAAAUGGCUUCAAACAGAAACAGCA